AUGAACACAAACACGGCGGAGAACCUUGGCGGCUCAGCGGCUGCUAAUAAGCUACCGAUCGGUUUCUUAGAUCUGCCCGCAGAAAUCCGAAAUCGCGUCUACUACUAUGCGGACGAAGAGGCGCACAGGUUUUCCCUCGAUGACGAUCAUUCUACGAAGUAUAUCCCCAGAGUCAUGAGCUAUGCCCCGCGGAACCAAGGUCCGUGGCCCAUUGAUGACUGCGCCAAAUCGUCUCUGAAGUUCCUUGGUCUCACCGAAGUGUGCCGAAAAGUUCGCGCCGAAUACUAUCCUAUCUGGAUAUCUACGGCGGGGUUUCGCAUACGAUACGAAGACUUCGAUCAUUUCACACAGGCCUUCUAA